AUGCCUCCAAACCUCGAGGUGCGCGCCCACCGUCGCGACUAUUACGGUUCAAUCAACCACAAUGUCAAGGCAGUCUAUGACAAAUAUAUGGGCUGGUUCGAUGGGAACCCUGCCUAUCUCUGGCCGCUUCCUCCAGCAGAAGAGGCCAUUGAGUUUGUCAAAUGCAUGGGCGGGAGUGAAGCGGUUCUCGAAAAGGCGCAGGAGUAUAGCAAGAACAAGAAUCUCCGAUUUGCCGCUACCAUCUUGGAUAAGCUUGUCUUUGCAACUCAGAGCGAUCCAAAUGAGGAGGGACUGGCGGGGCGCCGAGUACUACCGCUACCCCGAUGGUCUGGCUGA